CUGUGUUGUUAAUUCAGUCAGUAUAAACCAAUCGUUGGGAGAGGUCUGAGGUUUUGAGUUCCGAAACACGUUAAGAUAGAAAAAUGGAAAGGAAAAACAUAAACUUUGGUGCUGGACCCACCAAGCUACCUCUAGAGGUCUUAAAAGAAAUAGAAAAGAAUCUCAUCAAUUACGAAGGAACUGGUAUAAGUGUUAUGGAAAUGUCUCAUCGAUCAGUUGACUAUAUGAAAAUCAAUCAAUCUGCCAUGAAUGAUUUGAGGGAGCUAAUGGGAGUUCCAUCAAAUUACAAGAUCCUUUUCAUGUUAGGCGGUGGUACUGGAGGAUUUUCAUCAUCAUGUUUAAACUUAAUGGGUCGAACAGGUACAGCUGAUUACCUUGUAACUGGUGCAUGGUCUGAAAAAGCUGCCAAAGAAGCUACACAUUUUGGCAAAGUUAAUUUGGUUCUACCAAAAGUUGAUAAAUACACUGGAAUCCCACCUCAAGAUACUUGGAACUUAGAUCCGAAUGCUUCAUUUGUUUACUAUUGUGACAAUGAAACAGCUGAUGGAGUGGAAUUCGAUUUCAUUCCAGAAACUAAUGGAGUUCCAUUAGUUUGUGAUAUGUCUUCGAACUUUCUAUCACGUCCCAUUGAUGUGUCGAAAUUUGGAAUAAUUUUUGCUGCUCAGAAAAAUGUUGUUCCUGCUGGUAUGACUGUGGUAAUUGUAAGGGAAGAUCUUAUGGGUCAUCCGAUGAAGAUAACACCAUCAAUUCUAGAUUAUAAUAUCGUUGACAACAAUAAUUCAAUCUACAAUACCCCACCGACUUUUAUUGUUCACGUUAUGUCCCUUAUUUUCAAAUGGAUCAAACGCAAUGGUGGUAUUGAAGGAAUGGGCAAAACUCAAAGUAUCAAAUCAAAAUUACUCUACGAAAUCGUUGACAAUUCGAAUGGCUUUUAUAGUUGUCCAAUUGAUAAGAAAGAUAGAUCUCGUAUGAAUGUGUGUUUCAGAAUUGGAAGUGCAGCAGGUGAUGAAGAAUUGGAGAAGGAAUUUUUGGAAUUAUGCGAAAGCAAUCAUUUAGUACAAUUGCAUGGCCAUCGAUUGGUUGGAGGUGUAAGAGCAUCGAUUUAUAAUGCAAUAACAAUAGCUGAAACACAAGCUCUAGCUAAUUUGAUGAUUAGUUUUCUUGAGAGGAAGAAGAAAUAAUGUGAAUAUGAAAACAAGUGAAAGAACGGUUAAAGAAAUAAGAGAAUUGCCAUGUUUUGAAAAAUUAAUGUAAUUUUUUUUUAAUGUUUAACUUUUUUUUAGAGUUUUUUUUUUUUAAUCGUCUUCAAUACAUUAAGACAAAAGUCCAAAUAAGUCAUUAGGUUUAUAAGUUUUAAAUAAUUAUAAACUGUAUUUUAGUAAAUUGAAAAUUUAUAACAUUUAUUAUGUUAAAUUGUGUAUUUAUAAUUUUUUUUAUAAAGUACCUGUAGCUCAAUUAUUUGUUGUUUAAUUGUAAUCAUAAAGCAUAUUUGUAUAUAACAUUUUAAA